AUGAGAGUUACAUUGGGAAUACCAAACCCUCACAAUAAAGUUUGUAAACUCAAGAAAUCCCUUUAUGGCUUAAAACAAGCCUCUAGACAAUGGUUUCAGAAGCUUGCUGGUUUCUUGAACUCCAGGAAUUAUCAACAAUCAAAAAAUGAUCCAUCCUUAUUUUUAAAGAAGUCUGCUUCAAAUACUACAAUCCUUGCUAUCUAUGUUGAUGAUAUUUUGUUAACUGGUUCCAAUUCCACUGAAAUAGACAGCAUUAAAAGGCAUCUUGAUGAUGAAUUCACCAUUAAGGAUCUUGGUAUCCUUCAUUACUUUCUUGGAAUGGAAGCUUCUUACAUAAAUGAAGGAAUUGUUCUCACACAACAUAAGUUCACCAAGGACUUAUUGCAGCUACAACAUUUUUCUCACAAACCUGCUACCACUCCAUUGCCACUCCACUGUAAGCUCACUAAUGAAGACCCUCAUGAUUUUUCUGAUCCAACUCUGUACAGAACAUUAGUAGGCAAGUUGAAUUUUUUGACUCAUACAAGACCUGAUUUAGCCUUUGCAACUCAGCUUCUAAGUCAGUUCAUGCAAACUCCAAAACAAUCUCACUUUGAUGCUUUGCUACAUGUUCUUCAAUAUGUUAACAUUACUGCUGGUCAAGGUAUCCUAUUGAAAGGAGAAGCUAAUUUAACUCUACAAGCCUUCUCUGACUCAGAUUGGGCUUCUUGCCCCAUCUCAAGAAGAUCUGUGACUGGUUACUUAAUUCUUUUGGAGAACUCUCCAACUAGUUGGAAAAGUAAGAAACAAUCAACCAUCUCCAAAUCUUCUUCUGAAGCAGAAUAUAGAGCUAUGCAACAAGCAACAUCAGAGAUCACUUGGCUCGUCAAUUUGCUUGAAGAACUUAAUGUCACCUCUUUAAAACCAGUUACCCUAUACUGUAACAAUCAAUCUGCAAUGCAAAUAGCUAAAAAUCCAGUAUACCAUGAAAGGACAAAACACAUUGAAAUCGACUGCCAUUUCACUAGAGAAAAGCUAAUGGAAGGGCUUAACUUAUUUACCUACUCAAAAUCAAUUGGCUGA